CUCUCUACAGCUUUGCUCAAGAACCAGCUCAAGUAUCGAAGAAGAAGAAGAAUCUGACUUCAAUCUGAUUCCCAGAUCCGAGUUUCUGACUCUUAGGUCUUUCACAAUCUCGACUCUUCAUUGAAGCUACUGAUUUGAAUUUCGUAGAAGAGUUAAAUUCAAGAUCAGAGUUUUUCAAGUUUCUCCGUUGAGGUUUUUUCGCUUAUGGAGAGUUUCGAGAGAGUUUAAUUUGGAUAAACAAAUUUGGUAACUUGUUGUGAUGGGUGGGCUUUGUUCGAGGAGUUCAUCUGUAAAUAAUGCUCCUGGUGGAAGCUUUGCACAUGUUAAUGGUCAUCUCAAUAACAAUAAUGGCUCUGAGGUGAAUUUUCAGUCUUCUGGUGAUGGUGGAGAGAAAGAUGUUGCUGAUCCUUCUCUUGUUAGGGAGAAUGUGGAUAAUAAUAAUAAACAUACUUCGGAAUCGUUUUCUUUUCCUAUAGUCUCUGGUGGAUCUCAUCCUCAAAACAUCGAGGAUGGGAUUCCUCGGUUAUCAAGGGUUUUAUCUCAGAAAUCUAGAUCCACUAAGUCUAGACAAGCUGCUGUAGCUAAGGUUUCGGAAGUAAGCUCUCUUUUGGGUAGAGCUGGUACUAUGGGACUUGGUAAAGCUGUUGAUGUAUUGGAUACAUUAGGGAGUAGCAUGACGAAUUUGAAUCUUAGUGGCGGGUUUUCUUCUGCGACGACGGUUAAAGGGAAUAAGAUAUCAAUCUUGUCGUUUGAAGUUGCUAAUACUAUUGUUAAAGGUGCUAAUCUUAUGCAUUCUCUUUCGAAAGAUAGUAUUACUCAUUUAAAAGAGGGAGUGUUACCUUCAGAAGGUGUUCAAAAUUUAAUAUCGAAAGAUAUGGAUGAACUGUUGAGGAUAGCUGCUGCUGAUAAAAGGGAAGAGUUGAGGAUUUUUUCGGGAGAGGUGGUGCGUUUUGGGAAUCGUUGCAAGGAUCCUCAAUACCACAACCUGGAUCGUUUCUUUGACAGGUUGGGCUCUGAAUUUACACCCCAGAAACAUUUGAAACAGGAAGCAGAAACCAUAAUGCACCAGCUUAUGUCAUUUGUUCAUUUUACAGCUGACUUGUAUCAUGAACUCCAUGCGCUGGAUAGGUUUGAACAAGAUUACCAACGUAAGAUCCAGGAAGAAGAGAACCCAAGCACAACACAACGAGGUGUAGGAGAUACCCUCGCUAUCUUGAGAACAGAAUUAAAGAGUCAGAAGAAGCAUGUAAGAAACUUAAAGAAAAAAUCUCUUUGGUCUAGGAUCUUGGAAGAGGUGAUGGAGAAACUCGUAGAUGUUGUCCAUUUUUUGCAUUUGGAGAUUCAUGAAGCCUUUGGUGGUGCAGAUCUUGAUAAGCCUGCAAAUGACUCAGCAAUCAAUCAUAAAAAAUUAGGCUCUGCUGGUCUUGCCUUACAUUACGCAAACAUCAUUACUCAAAUUGAUACUCUUGUGUCCCGGUCUAGCACUAUGCCUGCAAGCACAAGAGAUGCUUUGUAUCAAGGCUUACCCCCAAGCAUAAAAUCUGCUUUACGCUCCCGAAUACAGUCCUUCCAGGUUAAAGAAGAGCUCACUGUUCCUCAAAUAAAAGCUGAAAUGGAAAAAACGUUGCAGUGGCUUGUUCCGGUUGCUACAAACACUACCAAAGCGCAUCAUGGGUUUGGAUGGGUUGGAGAAUGGGCAAGUUCCGGAUCGGAGGCGAACCAGAGACCUGCAGGUCAAACCAUACUAAGGAUAGAUACUCUUCACCAUGCAGAUAAAGAAAAAACCGAGGCUUACAUAUUAGACCUGGUGGUGUGGCUUCAUCAUCUCGUAACCCAAGUCAGGGCCACUACAGGUUAUGGCCUAAGAUCUCCUGUUAAGUCUCCAAUCAGAUCACCAAACCAGAAAACGAUCCAACUCUCCAGCGGUUCGCACAACCCAAGUCUGGGUUCUCCGUUGCUGACUACGGAGGAUCAAGAGAUGCUUAGAGACGUAAGCAAGCGGAGAAAGACGCCAGGAAUAAGCAAGAGCCAAGAGUUUGAAACGGUGGCUAAAACACGGCUUUGUAAGCACCACAGGCUAAGCAAAAGCAGUAGCCACUCGCCGAUGAUGGGCGAGAUGAUGAAGAAUAAGAAGGAUACUUUCUCAACCAGAAGACCUUCUUCUGUUCCCAUCAUUGAUUUUGACAUUGAUCGCAUGAAAGCCCUCGAUGUGAUUGAUCGCGUGGACACCAUUCGAAGCUUGUAGUUAACUACUUCCACACCAUCGGAGUUCAGAUUGGGAUAGAUGGUAAAGAGUAAAGACCACACUCACUUAUCAUCAAAAGUUGAUGAUAUGAAUCGGAAUGCGAUUGAUCCCACAGGUGCCAUCGAAACCCUUUAUAGGUGAUGAAAAUUUGGCAGAGCUUAUUAGUAACUUUGUACUCUUUUUGGUUUUUGUGGGUGUAAUUUGGUUUGGUUUUGUAGCAUUUCCUUUGUAUUGUUGUUCUUUUUCUUGUUGUAGACUAGUUGUAUUGUGUACAUACAAGAAACGUUACUACAUAUAUUUGGAGAAUAAAAAUAUAUUAUCUUC